AUGGCCCGUCAGUCGCGUGGAUUGGAAUCUAAAAGAGUGACAGCUGAAUUGUUCACUUUGACAUAUGGUGCUCUUGUUGCUAAUAUUGUUAGAGAUUUCGAUACAGAUGCAGAAAUUAAUGAACAGUUGGACAAAAUCGGAUUUAAUAUUGGUCUAAAGUUGGUUGAAGACUACUUAGCGCGUGGGAAUCCUGGUCGUUGUAACGAUUUCAAAGAAACUGCUGAAGCAGUCGUAAAAGGCUUCAAAAUCUUUUUAGGCAUAACUCCAACUAUUUGUAAAUUCAGUUCAGCUGGUGAUGAAUUCAGUCUUGUAUUGGAGAAUAAUCCAUUGACAGAAUUUGUUGAUCUUCCUGCUGAACAUCAAAACCUACUUUAUUCCAACGUAUUGGCUGGUGCGAUACGUGGUGCUUUGCAUAAUGUACAACUUGAAGUUGAGGCUCGAUUUGUUCAAGAUCAAUUACGUGGUGAUCAAAUCAAUGAGAUACGCGUAAAAUUUAUUCGUCGUAUAGAAGAAAUUAUUCAAGGAGAUGAUUAA